UUUAUUUUAAUGGUGAAAAAUGAAAGAUCGUCUGCAAAGUUUCUACAGUUCUUCUUAAAUUAUACACCGAACUUUAGAAUAGAAAUUCCAAGGUAGCAGUGUGAGUUAAAUUAAUUUUUAGGCAUACUGGUGAACGAGAAACAUGACUUCGCUAAAUCUUUUGGUGGGUUAUGGAUCUGAUGACUCCGACACUUCAGAAACAAUCGAAAAAAUUGAAUUGCCUGAAGAACCUGCAAUAACAAAGACAAAUAACUUUUUUCAAAUUGUUGAUGAUAGUAGUAGUGGGGAAGAAGAUCAAACAGAAGAAGAUGAAUUUUGUUUGCAGGAUGAAUAUUCAAUAAACUUAAAGAAUCCUUUUCGAAGUUCAAAGCCAACUUUCACUGGACAUUCGGUCUUUGCAAACCCUUACAAGGAAGCUGAAGAUGCAGAGAAGGGCACGCUUGAGAAACAUGUUAAAUUUGCCCCUAAACUAGACGACAUCAAAGAAAUCAAUGGGAGAAAGAUCUGCUGGAACUAUAGGAAAGGAAGAUGUAGAUUUGGAUCAGAUUGUGUUUUUGCCCAUGACUCAGAAUUGUUACAAAAGAAACAAAAGCAAAUAGAUCCUUUGCAAAAUAGCAUACACAGUCCAGAUUUUGAUGAUAGCACUGGAAAUUCCACAAUAUCCCAAAACUCUAGAUGUUCAACAAAAAGACAUUCUGCUGAUCAGAUGAGCAAUCCAUCUCAGAAGAAAGUAAGACUUCAUCAGCACCAUUAAAAAGGAAUCUUCAAAACAAAACCAAUUUGUACUUGUUUAAAUAAUCCACAAAGUGUUCAGUUUUACUACUGCAAAAAUACAGUGUUUGUAUUUGUCUAAGAAAA